AUGGAUUUCAUCGAUUAUGAUUCUUUCACUACGGAUAAUUUUUCUUCACCUAAUGAUGAUGGUUAUACAGUGCCUGAACCAGUUGCUAGGUUAAAUUUAAAUUCAAUAAGUUUAAAUGCUCCUAAACAUUUUAAAGACCUGAACUUAGCGAGUAUUAUAGGCCAAUCCGAGAAAGAUACAAAGGUGAAGAAUAUAAAUGACGUAGAACUAAAUCUACAUGAUAAAAUGCAAAAAUAUGCAGAGCUAUCAAUUAAAGAAUUAAAUCUUAGUGAAAACCCUAAUAAGUCUUCAAUUCAACUACAUAGUUAUGUUCCUGAUGUCUCCAACGGUUCUAUGGAUAUCUCUAAUAUAGUUUCACCAAAGUAUUCUCAAAAUGUAGAAACCACAAACGUGGCUCUAAACAAGAAACUAUCCAAGAUUCUAAUUGAUUAUAGUUUGUCAAAUUAUCAAACCUCUUCAAAUUUAAGGAAGUCAUUACAAAUACUAGAAAGUAAUAAAACAGUAUUGUCAUUAGAUGAAAACAAAGUAGACAACCCUGGCUAUGUUGGAACAUUAGCUAGAAAAACUUUAAAAAAUAAUGUUGAAACAGAAUUACUGAAAGAACAUUUGUCAGUAUUAGAAGCAUUCAAACCUAUUGUUACGAGAAUCAAAACAUUGUCAAAAUCAUUAAAAAAUAUAGAAGAACUUGGUAACACAGUCAUGGAUGAGACAAAGGAAAUAAAUGAAGAUUCAAAAGAUGGUAACCUAAACGAAGUUUAUCAACUAUACCAAGAAAUCGAUAAUUUGAAACAGAAAAAAAUACUAUUGACAGCAAUAAAGGAUGAAUAUACCUUGACACAAGUUGAAGAAAAUAUAAUUGAGAAUGGUCCAGUCAAUGCCGAAAUAUUUGCUGUAAUCAACAAAAUAAUGCUCAUUAAAGAAAGAACAAUGUAUCUUUUUGGUUUGCCUAAUAAUAGAGCAGGUACAUCUUUAAUUAAUGAAGUCAACUUAAACUUGGAUAGAUUGAACAAGAAGUUAUAUAAUUAUCUAAUAGAUUUUCUAUUCAGUUUUGAAUCUUCACCAAAUACAAUGAAUGAAAAAUUAUAUGGUGAUAAUAAAGAAAGUCUUCUGUUAUUUCAAAAUAGUUUAAUACUUUUAUCGAAUGAUUUAGAAUAUUUUAAUGAGUUUUUUAAGAAGGUGACUACUAUGAGAUCAAAAUCGGUAUUAGAUCAAUUUCUCUCACAAUUUGAUUUUAGUAACGACGCUAACCCAAUGAUAUUUUCUGCAAAUGACCCACUCAGAUAUAUUGGUGACAUUUUAGCCAAUGUAUAUUCAUUGAUUGCAAAUGAAGCUGAUUUUGUGAAAUCAUUGUUCAGUUUGCAAGAAAAGCAAGUAGGAAAUAUACCAAUUUCAUAUUUACAAAAUAAUAAAGAAUUUUUACAAGGUCUUGAUGAUAAUUUAUUAAAUGAUAUUGUUCAAACAUUAUCUAAUACAUGUAAAAUAAGAAUAGGUCAAGUCAUCAAAUUCGAGGAAGAUCCAAGGAUAUUGUAUGACGCUCUACAAUUAAUUUCUUUAUAUGAUCUAAUGUUUGAAAGAAAAGAUAUCAAGCCGACUAAUUUGUUAAUUGUUAAUUUGAGAGAGCUUUCUGCUUCCUGUAAAGAAAAGAUAAUGGAGUACUUCUCUAAUUAUAACACUGAGAUUAAAGAUCUGAAAUAUGAAGUAACCGAUGAUCUUUUACCCCCAGAGUGGAUAUCAGAUUACUUACAAACAAUUACGAGAUUAUUUCAACUUUAUGAAAAAGACUCUAGCAUGGACGAUUUGAAUGGAAAUGAUAAUGAAUCGUUGAUAACAACAGAUUUCUUGACUAAUAUAAUCAAAACUCCCUUCGAUACUGUUUUGUCAGAACAACUAAAGGUUGCCUUCCCACAUGCAAAGAGAAAGGACAAUGAAAGUGCUCUUCUUAACACAGUGCAAAUUAAUUGCUUUGAUUUAAUCAAAACUAAAUUACAACCUUACAAGAAAUCUGUAUUCUCAAAAAAUGAAAGCAAAGCUGAAAUAUUUAAUUGGAUAACAAAGAAGUAUGAUGUCUCUAUUUCCACCAUGUUAGAUUUACAAAAUAAACUUCUUUUUGAAAAAACUGGAUUGGGGAUAUAUAAUAACCUAUUAAACAUGAUUUUUCCAGUAGAUUCCAUACAAGAUGAACUGGAUUUGGAUAUGUAUUAUUCAUUAACUGAGAAUCCUUUGAUGAAUCUUGAUAAAAUUCGUGAAAAUAUUUUCGAUAAAUUGAACGAAUUUCUUCCCAUAGCAUUAACGGAACUACAAGGACAGCUGUUAUUUAAAUUGACAUCACCAACGAUAGCUGAUCAUAUUUGCCAAACUUGUUUUUCUCAACUAUCUAAAUUCUACGUUACGUUUAAAAAAGUUUUAAUGCAUCUAUACCCUGAUAAAAAGGAUGACAUUGCAUCAAUAUUGAAAUUUACUGAAAAAGAAUUUAAUACUUUAGCUGGUAUUGAUGAUACCUUGACUAAUUCAGGCAUUUAA